CUGUUGUUGAAGUGCUCGUAAAUGUCCGUAUGUCUACGUUGGUGAUAAACGCCUUGUUCCUAUCCUGGAAUGGUGUUUAGAAGACAUUACGUAAACUAGACAUGACUUAAUGCCGCAGUGCCUCAGCUCUGAGGGGCCCAUCCUGUUUCUCCAUUCUGUUAUCAUAUGUUAGUGAAGAACAUCUUCCCCCUGAGCAGCAGGAGUGGAACUCCAGGAUGGACCACAUUAAAAAGGAAGAGGAGGAUGUGGAUCCACAACCCCCUGACAUUCAAGAAGAAGAAGAGGAGACAAUGGCCCCCCACAUUAAAGAGGAACAGAAAGAGCCACAGCCCCUCAACCUUAAAGAGGAAGAUGAGAAGCCACGCCCCAUCCACAUUAAGGAGGAAGAGGAGGAUCACAACGUCAGUCAGGAGGGGGAGCAUCUUGAAGAACUGCAGGAGUUCCCAGUGAUUGGUGUCUAUGUGAAGAGGGAAGAUGACCAAAGUGAGGAGAAGAGAGAGGUGGAGCCUCCAAGCAGCAGCUCAACUCAACACAUGACAACAGAAGCUGAUGGAGACCACUGUGGAGGAUCACAAGCACACAACCUCUUAGCUCCACUAUCAGAUAGUGAUGACACAAUGUUACACUCUCCUGACACUGAUGAUGAAGACUCUAAAGCUGAUAUGACAUGUCACACUGACAACACACGCUGGAAAUGCUCUCAAUGUGACAAAACUUUUGUUGGCAAGGGAAGUCUGACAAGACACAGACACACAGGAGAGAAAUGUUGUGUCUCCUCAAUCUGUGCUGAUAGAUUCUCCCUGCAGUCAAAUUUGACAGAACACACAAACGUAAACAAUGGAGAGAAGCCUUUUCCUUGCACUGUGUGUGGUAAAAGAUUCUGUCAGCGUGCACGUUUGAAAGAACACACAAGAAUACACACUGGAGAGAAACCUUUUGCUUGCACUGUGUGUAAGAAAAGAUUUAAUCGAAGAAGUGUUUUAAAAACGCACACAAGAAUACACACUGGAGAGAAACCUUUUCCUUGCAUGCUGUGUGGUAAAAGAUUCUCUCAGCGGCCACAUUUGAAAGCCCACACAAAAACACACACCGGAGAGAAACCUUUUUCUUGUACGGUGUGUGGUAAAAGAUUCUCUCAGAGUUCACAAUUGAAAGAACACACAAAAAUACACACGGGAGAGAAACCUUUUCCCUGCAUGGUGUGUAAGAAAAGAUUUAGUCAAAAAAGUGUUUUAAAAAAACACACAAGAAUGCACACUGGAGAGAAACCUUUUCAUUGCAUGCUGUGUGGUAAAAGGUUCUCUCAGCCGUCACAUUUGAAAGACCACACAAAAAUACACACUGGAGAGAAACCUUUUUCUUGCACGGUGUGUGGUAAAAGUUUCUCUCAGCGUUCAUGUUUGAAAGACCACACAAAAAUUCACACUAGGGAGAAACCUUUUCCUUGCACGGUGUGUGGGAAAAGAUUUAGUAAAAAAGGAGACUUAAAAACACACACAAGAAUACACACUGGAGAGAAACCUUUUCCGUGCACAGUGUGUGGGAAAAGAUUUUCUCAAACGCCUCACUUAAAAAGACACACAAGAGUACACACUGGAGAGAAACCUUUUUCUUGCACGGUGUGUGGUAAAAGUUUCUGUUGGAAGAUAUCUUUGAUAAGACACACAAGAACACACGGUAGAGAAAAAAACUUUUCUUGUUCGAUGUGUGGCCAGCGAUUCACAGAUACUACAAGCUUGACCAAACACAUAAGAAUGCACACUGGGGAGUAACUUUUUGAAAGGACGCAUCCAGUUGGAUUUCAAAAAACAUCAGUUAAGUACAUAGCUAACGGAUCUUAUGAUAAAAUAUGUGCAAUGUUUGUUUCAUUUCUCAAAUAAUUUAUCAAAUCACUGCUUGUUUUAGACUUGAGAAUUGUAUAUUUGACCUUUAAUAAGCAACAUGAACAGGACAAACUAGUGAAUUUCUCUUGCCGAUGAAUAAAGUAUCUUUCAAACUGCA